CCGUCAGCGGCUCUGCCCUGCGAUUACACCACGGCCACGCGAGGGAAUCCCGGCAGCUGAUUGGACGAUGUUGGUUUUAUCACGUCACACGGAAUGUUCAGCAGCGCCAGUAGUGCCAGCUUAUAUAACGCGCGGAGAGAAUCGCUGCUUCUAAUCACAGCUGUUGUGGGAUCUGCGCAUGUCGAGGACCCAAACACAUAAUAAUAUGUCACUACAUGAAAACACAAUGGACAGGCUGCCUGCGGAGAGAUCAGAAAGCACAGACAACAGACAGAGCCACAGACUGUAUCCAUCACUGCCCAACAUAGACAGUUACGAGGUUUGUGUGGCUGACCCCCCCACUGGAGAAAAGUGUCCCACAGCUGCAGUUUAUCAUCCCGACAGUCUGCUGGAAGUCACACAGUCGGAAGCUGCCAGCGGUGACGACCGAAUGAAAGCACAGAUACUUAUCUUGGAGGAGCAAAGGCAGGAGCUUCUUUGCAUUAAUGAGAGAUGGGCAAAAGAGUACCACACCAUGUUACAGUUCUACAAAGAAAAGGUCCGAGGUUUAAAAGCAUUACUGCGACAUGAUCACUCUGAAGAGGAGAUGUGUGAAAGAGGGAAAAAGACACCUUGUACAAGAAAGUCAAAAGAUAAAGAGAGCACACAGACUGUUGACGGGUUACAAAAAGCAGAAAAGGAGGCAAAGGAGCUGCGAGCAAAAAAUGACACUUUGACCCGAAGAGGGCAGCAUCAGCAUGAGGAGAUCAGACGGCUAAACAAGGCUCUAGAUGAGGCACUUCAGACUCAACCUCUCGAUGUGAGCAGUGAGACACUACAGGUCUGGAAACAGCAGGCCGAAGUCUACAAGGAAGACUUUUUGAAGGAGCGGAAAGACCGGGUGAAGCUUAAGGAGAAGUAUCUGGAACAGGAGAAGAAGUUUCAGAAAGUUCACAGUGAGCUACAUGUCCUCAAAUCUCAGUUGACUCGGACACCGCGGCCUGCACCCGAAUGCACCUGCACAAAUCGAGCGACAAACUGGGAGGUCCGCCAGAUUAACCAGCACCUUAUCCAUCUACAAAGACGUUAACAAAGAGUAAAACACGACGACACCCUUGCUCUUUGUGUGAUAACGCAUGUCGCCUGUCUCACAUCACGGUUCACCAUUAGCGGGGCGAGACUUUGCUAGUUUGUCACGCAGGACAACAUCGAGGAAGUUAGCUCUGUUCUGUUUCAGUCCAUGGCCGACUGUCUGCUGCAGGUUCAGCUUCAUGUAACGAAGCCAAUCCACCAGCCUGGGCCCAUUAGGAGACUUAGGAAGCGAACACGUAAAAAGACACUUAAACAGCCUGCGAAAAAGAAAUGCGACCCUAUCGUAUAAACACGUCCCGAGAGGAGCAAAGCAGCAAAGAGAGAAAUAAAUAACUCUACCUAUCGUGUGUAAAAAAGUUUGCAGUGUAAGCCAUUGCGAGCUUGCUCAGUUCCUCCCAUUCUUGUGUCCGUAGAGAGAAACAGAGAUAUUAUUGCACUGCCCAUAACACUAUUUACUUUAUCAAAGGCGCGACAUGAAUGAGGGAUCUUCUUCCUGUUUCAAGUACCUGUAACCACAGUGUGCCCGGUACAGAAGGGAGAUAGAUCCAAGAAAAUAAAACAAAGCAUCAUCAUAGCGGUCCCGCUGUGCAUCACAGCCGAAUUCUGAAACUCAUAGUCAGGAAGAACGAGCACCAUGUCGCCAAGUAUCUCUGGGACAGUGUCCCCUACGUUCUUUGGAGAAUCAUCCUGUUGUAGGAAUUCAUUCAGGAUUAGUUCAAUUGCGCCUGAGGUCUGUCAGAGAAAAAAAAAAAAGAGGUUUUGAGAAGAAAAAAAAAUGUAUAGGAGCAUUUAUUUUUUUAACUGUAUAUGCAUGAAUGU